AUGGAUGCACAGCAGAGCCGCGCGAGCUCUUGGAAUGAGAACGAACCGUUCGUUAAACAACCAAUGACUACUGCAUCAGAAGAAGCUUGUGGCAGUGUGGACGAUGCGGAGUCAGAGGAUGAGAUCUCUGGUUUGACUGAGAGCAUACUAGUCUUUGACUCACCUGCAGCCUCCUUCGAGCAGCAGCGAUCGCAUCGAGUAGUUUCUGCUGGGAGUGAGUCGGAGGCUUCAGAGCAGGGCGUGGAGGAGUCAGAGUCCAGCAGCAUGUCGGGUUCUUGGCCCUGCCUGUGGACGCCGUUUGACGCGAAAGAUCGCAACUGGCUCAAGUGGUACGAGCAGUGUGAGCUGAACGUGGAUAAGGUGUAG